UGCCAUUCGAGCAACUCGAAAGAUUGGAGUGCAUCGCUCCUGCCCUUCACGCACACUGCCACUUCGCGAGAGCCCUUCCCUAGGAAUACUAUCCUCGACACUAUCCCGUCGACGCGAUCCCGAUGAACGGCCGAACCGCAGUCAUCGCAGCCGCAGCCGUCACCAUCCUCGGCGGCCUCUACUUCUUCUCCACGCCUUCCUCGAGCAGCUUCAGCAUGUCAACCUCACCAUCCGCCUCUUCCGAAGUCCCCGGUCUAGAGUUCAAGCUCUCGCAAAUCUCGCGAAGUCCGCCGUCGCUCCUGGUCACCCUAAAGAACAACAAUCCGGAGACACCCUUCACAAUCCUGAAAUGGGGCACGCCGCUGGAUCCCCAAGCCUCAAACCUCGGCGUCUUCAAGCUCGUUGACGCAGAGUCUGGAAAAGAGGUGCCAACAGACAUCAUCAAGAUCGCAAGGAAGAUGCCGCCCUCGCGGGAGGACAUGGUGACCGUCGCGCCAGGCACCGAAGAAGCAACCGAAGUCGUCUUCGACAAGCCGUGGAUGCCAAACAAGAAGCCGGCCAAAUACAAGGUCAAAGCCGAGGGCGAAUUCAUGGGCGUCUGGGACAAAUACGGCGGGGAUGUGCAGGAGAGCGAUAUGGAAGCAUACACGGACAGCCCAUUAAGCGGGCGCGCAUUCAAAAGCAACGAGCAAGUCAUGUUGGUGGAUUAAGACCUUCUAAACAUCAAUGCCAUCUUCAUCCUGUACAUUCUCCGCUCUUGCCCUGUUUCCCCCGAGAAAUCAAGACGUUACCU